AUAUAAAAAAAAUAAUUAAAUCAUUCAUGUAAGGAGAAGUGCAAUAAGACUAAAGAUGAAAACAUUUUAUAGGAAACAGUGAAUUGACAUUGCAAAAACUUUUUGGAUGUUUUUUAAUGGAUUUUGUGUAAUGUGAAGUCCGGCGGCCAUCAUGGAUAACUAUUCGGAAGAUAUAUCUUUAGAAGACAUGUUGAACUCGUCGGCGGUUGCCAUGCCCGAGCCGGAGUCUCUGAACCUUAUAAUUCCCGUCAGCUUGGCCUAUAUUUUAAUAUUCAUAGCGGGUGUACUAGGGAAUAUUAGCACUUGCGUAGUGAUUGCCCGAAAUAGAUCGAUGCACACGGCGACCAAUUUUUAUUUGUUUUCGCUUGCUAUAUCAGAUCUUAUUUUGUUGAUUUGUGGUCUGCCGCUAGAGAUACACAGAAUGUGGAACCCUCCGGAUUACCCGCUAGGGGAAGGACACUGUAUAGCGCUAGGGCUCGCCUCGGAGACGGCGGCCAACGCCACCGUGCUAACUAUCACAGCCUUCACGGUUGAGAGAUACAUCGCAAUUUGCCGUCCGUUCAUGUCACAUACGAUGACAAAUCUAUCAAGAAUAAUACGGUUCAUUAUAGCAAUUUGGAUCGCCGCCGUGAUCACGGCCGUGCCGCAGGCCUUGCAGUUCGGGCUUGAAAUAACUUACGUGAACGACACCCAAAAGACAAUUACGUGUACUGUGAAGGGUGAGGGAGUUCACCAUGUUUUUAUAAUGUCCAGUUUAUUUUUCUUUGUACUACCUAUGACGAUUAUAUCUGUGUUAUAUGCUUUGAUAGCAGUAAAAUUAAGAACGUCUUCGGUGUUAAAAGGGAAAAAGCCGUCCGUGGAUAGUCAAGAACGGAAUAAUGCGACUGGGACUCCUAGCAGAUACAGAAACGCAAGAGCGCAGAGAAGGGUCAUACGAAUGUUAGUUGCUGUCGCGCUGUCGUUCUUCAUCUGCUGGGCACCUUUCCAUGUCCAGAGGCUACUGGCCAUGCUGGGCAAGAAACUGAAUCCUACGCCUCCGAACUUCUAUUUGGCAUACGUGAUCCUAACCUGGAUGUCCGGGAUCCUCUACUACUUGUCGACAGCUAUCAACCCGUUUCUCUACAGUAUUAUGUCCAAUAAAUUUAGAAACGCCUUCAAGGUAACAUUCUCGGGGUGGUGCAACGGUCGGAGCGGGCGUCGCAACUACAGCGCGGUGCAGAGUUUCCGCGCCCAGCGCGCCGCCUGCCUCUCCGAGCAGCACCCGCGCCGGCUGCACCGCCUCAACACGGCCACCACGCAACUCGGCGAUGCGCCUUCCAGAGCGCAGUUCUUCAACGGAGAGGAACAUAACAGUGUAGAGGAUCCGUCCUCCUUGUUUAACACGUGGAGUUGGAGCCAGCGCCACCGGCCCUCCUCGGAGACCGGCUCACCGGCCACCAUCUCCAACAGCAGCCUGCGCGAAAUUAAUGAGGAAAUGUCCGGAGCAGAGAUGGUAGUGUUUAUGCACGAAGUGAAUCGGGAACUGGGGCUGACCUGAAUCGCUUUUGCAUAAAAUUGAACUGGAGUUGAAAGCCCAGUUCAAUAAGAAUUCGUUUGUACUUAACUUCCAGGUUAUUUUGCCGUUUUGGUGUUUAUCGACCGAUGUUUGAUGAUAUCAAUGUUUGAUGUGUCCGACGUAUAUUUUGAAAUGUAUCAUUUGAACAAAGUUUAUUGCUGAAAUUAGAAUACUUAUAUG